GAAGAAACCGAAAACAGACAAGAGAUGAGGAUUCUUCCCACCAACUUUCACCGGCGAUGGUCGGGGCUUCUCCCGCUCUUCAUAGUUAUCCUUUUCGUCUGCGAGAUGGCUUUCCUCUGUCGCCUCGACAUGGUAAAGAAUGCUGCGAUGGUUCAAAACUGGGCCAACUCCUUCAACUUCUCCCCUACGUCUUCCUCAACCUCAUAUCGUUCGACACGGCACGUUCUGCAGCAGGAGGAGGAAGACGGCUGGUGCCGGGACUGGUUAGAGAAGGAGGAUAACGUUUCGUAUACUCGGGAUUUCGAGAAGGAUCCGGUCUUGGUUGAUGGCGUUGAUCAGGAUUGGAGUUCAUGCACUGUGGGUUGUAAAUUUGGAAUUCAUGCUAACAAAAUACCUGAUGCCAUAUUUGGACUAUCCUCAAAUCCGAAAACAGCUACUGUUCACCGAUCCAUGGAAUCAUCCCACUACUACAUGGAAAACAAUAUCAAUAAUGCUCGACGGAGAGGUUUCAGUAUCAUAAUGACAACGAGUCUCUCAUCAGAUAUUCCAGUGGGUUAUUUCUCGUGGGCUGAAUAUGACAUCAUGGCCCCGAUACAACACAAGACUGCCAAAGGGCUUGCCGCCGCCUUCAUUUCAAAUUGUGGCGCACAUAAUUUUCGCUUACAGGCACUCGAGAUGCUGGAAAAGUUGGAUAUAAAAAUAGAUUCAUAUGGAAGCUGCCAUCGAAAUCAUGAUGGCAAUGUGCAUAAGGUGGAUACUCUAAAGCGAUACAAAUUCAGCUUGGCGUUUGAAAAUUCCAAUGAGGAAGACUAUGUUACAGAAAAAUUCUUCCAGUCCCUUGUUGCUGGAGCUGUACCAGUUGUUGUUGGUGCUCCAAAUAUUCGAGAGUUUGCCCCGUCUCCUGAUUCUAUUUUACAUAUUAGAGAACUUGAUGAUGUCACCUCAGUUGCUGAAACUAUGAAAUAUCUCGCAGCAAACCCUGCUGCUUAUAAUAAGACAUUGAGUUGGAAAUUUGAAGGUCCUUCCGAUUCCUUCAAAGCUCUUGUAGACAUGGCUGCUGUGCAUUCAUCCUGCAGGCUGUGUGUUCAUCUGGCAACCAUUAUACAUGCCAAGGAAGAAGCCAUCUCGCCCGGUUUUCAGAACCGGCCAUGUAAAUGCAGAACCAAGACCGGCACUUUAUACCAUCUAUUUGUGAGGGAGAGAGGCCGUUUCAAGAUGGAAUCUGUUUUCCUCAGUUCUCGUUAUUUAACCUUAGAAGGAAUAGAGUUUGCUGUGCUGAAGAAGUUCAGGUCAAUAAAUCACAUACCGGUAUGGAAGAGCGAGCGGCCAAAGAGCAUAAGAGGAGGAGAUGAGCUGAGAGUGUACAGAAUAUACCCUAUUGGUCUCACUCAAAGACAGGCUCUCUACACCUUCAGGUUUGAAAAUGACUCUGCACUGCAAAAUUACAUUGACAAUCACCCUUGCACUAAGUUUGAAGUUAUUUUUGUAUGAUCAUUUUCUAUAAUAAUAAUAAUUAGUAGAGAAAUUUACAUAUAUACCACAUAAUUCUUAUGUAUUUACAUUUCUCACACCUAAACUUUUAACAUUUACAACCCUUGCGUGUCAUAAACUUAUGCAUGAAAAGAUGUACUUCGCUCUUAGAGCGCGUUUGGCUGCGCGUAGGACCUGGUGAAGUAGGAUUUAGUAAAUCUGGAUUUAUAAAAUCUAGUGUUGUUAAAUCGAAGAAGAUGCUUGAUAUGAUUUAACUUGAAUCCAUCUCGUAUGUUUUGGAUUUUAGCAGGAUUUAACCCAUUGCUAUUUCAACUCUCCUUGAAUUUAAAUAUUUGAGAGCUGUGUAUGUAAAUAUGAAA